CGACUUCAACAAGGAUGAUUUCUAUCGCCGCAUCACCCGUCCUGACUUUAGGCAGGGGUUGUUCGAGGCCAGCCAGAUGACUGUCUCCACCAUCCGACCUAAGUGGCACAUCAUCAACUAACUGCUCACCCUUUCAUUCACCCCCAAUGUCACUGGAUCACACAAGAUACCGAAGCGUGUGCUCUACGCCAUGUACUCCAUGGGGAAUCCCAACCACAUGCUACACUUGGGGUCUCUCGUGGCGACAACCUUUGCCUGGUGCCACAGAGCAUGGCAGCUCCUCUCCUCUCAGCAGGGAUGUGCUUCACAACACACUCCUAUUACCCUAUGCUGAAGCGGGGGAUUGGGUCGACGGGUUGUCCAUGCCUCCAAUUGAGGACAAGGAUGACGAGGAUGAUGAUGACUAUAUUGGGGAGAAGGACGACGACGCAGAUGACAAUGAUGAUGAUGAUGGGGCUAUGGACGCAGAUGAGCCGGAGCCCCCACUCCCCCAGGGGAUCUUCUUCCACGAAGGAGACCCAGAUGAGACCAGUCCUCCCCCGGACCUUCUGUUCCAUUGAUGGAUUUCUUCACCCAGUAGUUCCACCAGAUGGGGCUCCAGUUCGAGCAGCUUGGGCUCCUAAACCAGCAGCUCAUGGACCACCAACACCAGUUUCAGCAGCAAUAUUCAGCCUACCAGGCUGAGUACGCCACCAGAAUGGCUGCGUUUGACGAGCGCCUCAAUCGUAUCGAGGCUUAGCAGGGUGUUACUGAUAGCGAUGUAUUUGCACAUGUUUGCACCCUUAGUUCUUAUCCGUUUGCGGCGAGUAGUCGUGUAUUUUUGGCCCGUUUUACGUCGGGUUGUGCUACUUUGUCAUAUUUCAGGUCCCAGACGUCGAAGGAAAGGCUAAGCACGAGUUUUGGGGCAUUUGUAAGUCAUUCGGUCGAGUUGGGGCCAAAGCACAGGCUUGCCUAAACCAAAACACGGUCGUCAAGUUUUUGGUGCCGUUGUCGGGGACGGCUAGGUUGUUGAAGAAACGUGAAUUCUGUUA